CAGGAUGCUGGACUUGUCCUUUCGACCACGAGUAAUGAGGCUUGUAAAAUGUUUGAUGCUACACUUGCUCAGGUGUGUUCUCUCUCUGGCCGCAGUAUACAACAUGGAGAAAUGAUACAAGUCUAGGAGGCAUUGAAGGGUCUCUCUCAAAAUUAGAAGCCGCCGAUCCAAAUUUUACAAUGGGGCAUGUGAUUGCUAAUGGUUUGGCUCUGAUCGGUACGGGGAGUUCAAUGCGGCUUGACAGAAAAUUAGAUGGCGCGAUAAAGAAAAUGUCGGCACUCGCACAGUCUCAGCCGUUAACUGAGCGGGAGAAGCUACACGUCUCUGCGCUGGAGCUCUUUGCCAAUGGGGAGCUUCCUAAAGCUUGUGAUACAUGGGAUCAAAUCCUACACAACCACCCAACUGACUUGUUAGCUAUUAAGUUUGCACACGAUACUUAUUUUUACUUGGGACGUCAGAUCCAAAUGAGAGAUUCUAUUGCCCGAGUGUAUCCUCACUGGACACAAGACAUCCCUCUUAGCAGUUACCUGAAAGGCAUGUACUCCUUCGGGCUAAUGGAAACCAAUUUCUUUGAUCGUGCUGAGAAGCUUGCCUAUGAGGCGUUAGCGAUCAACCAGACGGAUGCAUGGUCCGUGCACACCAUUGCUCAUGUGAAUGAAAUGAAAGCAGACCUGAAGAGUGGGCUGGCGUUCAUGAAGCAAACCGAAAACAACUGGAAGGAUAGUGAUAUGCUUGCUUGCCAUAACUACUGGCACUGGGCUUUGUAUUUUAUCGAACAGGGCGACUAUGAGGCUGCUCUGACCAUUUAUGACACUCACAUUGCACCCAGGUGCCAGUCAAGUGGGACCAUGCUGGAUGUCGUUGAUAAUUGCUCCAUGCUGUAUCGGCUGCAAUUAGAAGGUGUGAAACUGGGAGACAGGUGGCAAGGAGUAAACCAACUGACGCAGAAACAUGCCUCGGAUCACGUCCUGAUCUUCAACGACGCUCACAUUCUGAUGGCUUCAUUAGGGGCCAAGGACCAAAAAACGACUCACGAGCUGUUAACAACUCUCCAGGAACUGGUCCAGGCGCCUGGCGAAGACUACGAGCUAAACCUCUCUCUGAGGCUGGGCCUUCCUCUGUUGCAAGCUUUCGUCGCGUUUGAGAAUGGCAACUACGACAAAGCGGUGGAGUUGCUCUAUCCCAUUCGCUACCAGCUGGUUGAGAUAGGGGGAAGCAAUGCUCAGAGAGAUGUUUUUGCCCAGCUGUUGAUCCAUGCUGCUCUAAACUGUAAAUCCAAAGCGAACCAGAAACUUGCCAGAUGCCUCCUGAUAGAACGUGAGGAACUGAGACCAAAUGCUCCAAUGACUGAGCGACUCAUGCGGAAGGCCUCGGCCGCUCAUGCCCUAGGAUGAAACUCGGACCUGGCUUGCUCAACCAGUUUCCAAUCAGCAUUCUCAUUCAGAAUCUGUUUCCCGAUAUGGCAGUACGCCAUAAUCACUGCCUAAAUGCAAUAAAGAAAUCUUACAUUCAUCUUAAGCGCUCUAUGCCUUUGGGAACUGCAAUCACAGAGAUUCCCUUUUUGCUCCUUGGCUUUCUGGUAGACUUCUCAUUCUUGCACUACUUUGACCUGUUUGUUCAAAAAUAUUCAAAAUCAGUUGCUUUUUCACAUCGGGAGUAGAAAAGGGGAAAUGUGAGUGAACUGAUUGGCUAAAGCAAGAUGCCCAAUGCAGAGUUCUGAUAUUCUAAAUCACCAGUGGGGAUUGUUUGUUAUUAGGAUUAACGGGAUGAGUAAGGUGCAGAACGUGAUUUGGAUGUAUGGAAUGUAUAGUCAUGACUCACUGGAAUGCACAAGCAGCAUGAACAACGAAUGUAUUUUGAGCAGUUGGUGAUUUAUUUAUUUUUUGCCUUGUGAUUUCUAAAAGCUGUGUUGUUGUUUUUGCCGUCAAGU